AUGGUCCUCAGACAGUGCACCGUCUGUGGGCGUCGUUUCACCAAGACGGAGCACUUCAAGCGCCAUGAACGAUCACACACUCGUGAACGUCCAUACCGCUGUUCGGUGUGCGACAAGGCCUUCUCUCGCAGUGAUGUUCUGUUCCGACAUAUGAAAUGCCACACUCAGAAGACUGAGGGCGACGAUCAACAGAAACCUGCGGAGAGAAGGAGCACUAUUUCUGAAGGUGUCGCGCCCGUUCCCGCCCAGCCAAACCAGCAACCUCAAUCAAAAUCUCUCGACCAACCCACAAACGACAACAACCACCAGCCAAACUCGGGAAUACCCCUGAUGCAGAUACUAUCACCAAGCAACUAUCUUGGCCCGCAAGAGAACGGCCUCCCUGCCGCUCGCGCCCGGCAUGGCUCGAUGGACAUGCCUAGCUCCUACAUCGAUCCUCGCCAGAACCAGCACCGACAGGAUCACAUUUCUAUCCCCGCCGACUGGGUCUCACACUCGCCGGUCAGUCAGAUGAACAAUCCGGCGAAUCCUCAUCGACAGUCGCCGUCUCAGAGAAGUGCUGACGCGUCAACGUUCGACACCAGCAUGUCCGGAUCACAUCAACCUGCGCAGACGCCCCAAUCUGAUCUACCUCCUAACAGCUAUGGCACGAAUGCCCUGGACUGGCUGCCGCAAGGCAACAUGGGCCAGGGAGACUUUCACGAUCCUUUCCAAAUGUGGUUGUUCCCUUCGUUGGGAGAUCUCGAUCAAUCACCAGAUUUUCUGCAAACCUACGGCACCGGCGCGACGCCAAACUUCUCGCUCCCGGAGCCAAAAGUCGGACCGGACGGGCAGCAAAUCAGCCAGGAACGAACAAAGAACAUCAAUAAGGUGCCGCGGGAACGUUUCUCACGAGUCCAGAAAUGCUGGGCGUCACGACCUCAUCGAUUACACCGCAUGAUGCCAAAUCUGUGGCGCGACAUCAUUGGGCAUCAAGUCGACAACCUCUUCUCAGACAGCUCGGAGAGCCCGCCACAUCCUAAAGCCGGCUCGAAUUGGGGUCUCGAUGCUGACUGUAGGUAUCGCCUGCGCGAUGCCUUUCGUACACCAGCGCCAUCAGCCCUCCACUCUCCGCGGAUUCAGUCCAUCACACCCUUCGAACCCAUGAUGAACAACGACUCCAGCAUUUUCCCACCCGCCGAAAUCCUCGACAUCGCCAUGGGUCUCUUCUUCCGCCACUUCCAUCCGACUGUGCCAUUCAUCCACGUUCCCACCUUCUCCGUCAACAACACACCCUCACCCCUCCUGUUCGUCAUUUGCCUUAUCGGCCUAAGCAUCCUCGGAACCACAGGCGCCACCCGCUUCGUUUCCCGCAUGUUUCCUUCAUUCCUGCAACGAGUCAGCGCCGACCUUGCCGCCUGCACCUCCGGCACCGCCACAUCGCCGCAGCAGCUCACGUACCUGGCAACCGCGCUCCUAACAUUACACCUCGCGGCCAUGACCGGCGACAAAGACACCAUCGCACAAUCGCAAAUGCUCUACGUCAGCACGCUGGCCUUGAUGCAGCAAAAUGGCCUCUUCUCCGCCUGUGACGGUGGCGACCUAAAUGCCCUCAUCUCCGACCUCCACGACUCCGAACACCACUGGAAAGCGUGGUCACGCAUUGAAUCCACGAAACGCCUGAUCCUCAGCACCCUCGCCCUCGACUCCUGGUACGGUGCGCUCCUCUUCCGGGCCCCCAUUGUGCGCUCCGAGGCGGUCAAGCUCUACGCGCCUUGUGCCGAACCCCUCUUCCAAGCCAAGUCCGCCACGCAAUUCCAGUCCCUCAUCCGCGGUGGCAAGCUCACCACAGCACCGACCUUCCAAAUCUCCGACCUGCACGCCAACCCCACUCCGCCAUCCUCGCCCCUCGGUUUCCUCGGCUCCUCCACGCUCCUCGCCCUCCUCCAAAUCCAAAGCCAAGAAACCUACCACCGCCUCAUGCCCGCCGACCCCCUCUCCCUCGGCAGCUUGAUUCCCUGGCAACUCUACGCCUCGGACCUCAAAGCCCGCUCCCUCAUCCCCGCUGUGCUCGGCGCCAGCGCGCUCUGCGGUCCCACCGCGCCCCCACCUCAUCACGACACCAACACCCUCGUCCUCUGGCACGCUCUGUGCAACUCCCUCCUCGCCGACUUCCGCAUGUUCGAACUCGCGGCCGGCCGCCACGGCGCAGGCCCCGCAACCGGCGCCCUCGAGAGCAUCAGCGCGUGGACGCAGACGCCCAGCGCCCGCCGUGCCGUCGUGCACGCCGCGCAGACGCAUCGCCUCAUGGAGCGCCGCCGCGUCAGCGACCACGUCAGCGUCGGCAGCGUCGUCGCCGUCUUCGGCGGCGCCCUCGUCCUGGGCCUCUACCUCUUCAUGGUACCCCAGGCCAGCAACCACGCGAAUCGCACCACCGUUGAGCUCGCCGACGUCGACAUCGACUGGGCCGAGCUGGGCGAGUUGGGCUUCACCGAUGACUCUUUGGGCAGCAAUCACGACGGCGGCACCACGGGCGGAGCGGAUCCGAGCCCCGUGGCGCAUUUCGUGCGCUAUGGUGGCACCGUGGCGUUGAAUGGCGUGCCGCACCAGGGCGGCUAUGAGAGCGCGCGCAGGGUCUUGUUGGACUUUGCGAAUCUGAUGGAUGGCAUUAGUGGCAGGAAGCUGCGCACGUUCACGCAGGUGCUGCAUAUCAUGAGCGAUGAUUUGAUGAAUGUGGAUGCUGGGCUGUGA